UAUAUAUAUAUAUAUAUAUAGAAGUCAGUUAAAAUUGGUGCACUGAUUUCGAAAUGUAGUAGUAAUUUCACAGCACAGGAAACUGCGGUAAUAACUAAUGUUACAUAUCUUUUGUCUUUGCGACAGUAAAAAGCUGUAAGUCUUUAUAGUGCGUUUCACAUCGGGAGAACGAACGAAAGUAGUGGGAUACCAUACUGUUGAUUGCUUCAAUAAUAACAAUAGUACUUAAGAGAUAACAUAGUGCUACAAAUACAAUAUAAACAAUGUCGUGCAGUUAUGCGGAUGGCCUGUCCAAAUAUGAAAACAAAGGAAUAUGUGGUUUACCUGAGGUACAUGACCAAGAGGAUGAUCUGACAAUAAAAGUUAUUCAACUUGUUCAGUGGAUUCGAGAGUCGAAGCAUGUGGUGGUACACACUGGAGCUGGUAUUAGUACAGCAGCAGGAAUUCCAGACUUCAGAGGACCAAAUGGUGUGUGGACUUUAGAAGAACAAGGAGAGAAACCUCAGAUCAACAUUUCAUUUGAUUCUGCCAUUCCAACAAAAACUCACAUGGCUAUAGCAGAAUUUGUAAAGCUAGGAUUAAUUCACUUUGUAGUGAGCCAAAAUGUAGAUGGUUUACAUUUGCGCUCAGGCCUUAAUCCAGAGAAAUUUUGUGAGCUUCAUGGUAACAUGUUCCUAGAAAAAUGUAAACAGUGUCAGAGGCUGUUCAUCAGAGGUAAAGCUUCAGUGACUGUGGGCCAGAAGUGCACUAAUCAAGCAUGCCUUUGGAGAAAACCAAAUGGACGAAUGUGUAGAGGUAAACUCCAUGACACAAUAUUAGACUGGGAGGAUGAACUUCCCGAAAAAGACUACGAGUUGGCUGAUGCUCAUUCCAGGGCAGCCGAUCUUAGCCUUUGUUUAGGAACAACCCUUCAAAUAGUUCCUAGUGGAGGAUUACCUCUUCUUACUAAAAAAAAUGGUGGACGCUUAGUGAUUUGUAACCUUCAACCUACAAACUGUCUACCUUUUGUUUCAUGUGAACAUGUGCCAAACAACAUGAACAUAUUUGGAACAGUUUUUCAUCUGUGCCAGCAGCAGUGCACAUGUGCUGUCCAGGAUCCCUAGCUUUUAUUGUAACAGAUAUAUAUAUAUGAGCAUAUUUUGAACUUUGCAGUUUAUGUAACACUUGGUUGAAAACAAGACAAUUAUUCCAUCUGGUUAUCUGUUUAGUUGGUGACAAUUUCCUUCAAAUUUACAACAUUCAGACAUAUAAUAACUUUGCUUUUCCAGAUAUCAGCUAGAUUACACAAGUGUAGGCAGUGUUACUUUUAUUUUUAACUGUGAAUUAUUUCUAAUGCUUCAGUUCUAUGUAAUUUGCUUAUUUUCUCUAACUCUUAUGAAACUGUUUGUUUCAUUAUCAUAGAAGUAUCUUUGUAUGGUUAUUAUAUUACAACAGCAUGCAUAUAUAUAUGAUUUUUCAACAGUGACUGGGUUGCAAAAGUAACACCCAGAAUAAUUACAUUUUCUGAUUUUAUUUUCUGUUGCAGUGCUAAUGGUCACAUCAAGGUCUGAGCAUCGAUUUUAUAUAUAUUUAUCACCGAUUACUUAAAGUAAUGUUGGCUUCUUUUAUUCUUGAGUAGAUCAUCUAUUUCAUUAUUUAUCAUUAGCUAAGUCUAUCACAUAGGAUUUAGUGCCUGCUUGACUGUUAUGAUUUUCCUCAUUGUGUUUCCUAAUCUGAAGAGUAUUUUUGACAAAGAAUUUUCAAUAGUACUUUUUUCAUAUAAAUUUAUUGAAGGAGUAAAAUUUAGUCUUAUUGAUGAUUCCUGUAACUUAGUUUUUAUAGGAAAAGAUUUUGGGGAUUCAUAAAGUAUCUUUACAUGGUUUUGUUGUUGUUAUAUGGCCCUACUAAGGUUGUAUCUCUGAAAAAAACAGUUUGUUGACUGUUAGUUCAUUCAGGAUAUAGUAAGUUUUGACCUUGUUAGAGAAGAGAACAAAUUAUUUGUCCAUUAUUUAGUUAUAUACUUUAAGCGUAUUAUGCUGUGUAGGAGCCUAGUCAUGUAUCAUUUUUAUGUGUUUAUGCAAAUUUCUUUAUAGAUAACACAUUAUGCAGUAACAUCAUUGAACUUCUUAUAUUGUAAGACAGUCAAUCAUCUUGAUGAAUGGUAUUUUCCUGAAAUGCCCCCCAAAAACGUUUUAGGAAUUCUGUUGUACUAACUUUAUUCUCUUUGAUGUGAAUUAUUUUUGUAUUAUCUUCCAAACUCUGAAUAAUACAAAGAACAAAUUUUUUUUUUCAACAUCUCUAAAAUCAUGUUUGUUUUCUUAAAUAACCUUGGUAAUGAAACAUUACAGUAGUUGUAUACUUUGAAGAUUAAAUGAUUGUGAAAAGGUCAACAGAAUUCUAACAGUAGAUAGCUGUAUGAAAACCAGAUGUGGACCACCAACUUAUAACUAUCCAUCCAUAAAUAUAUUGAAUAAGUUGGCAUUUAUUGUGGAGUUUUCUUUAUGUGUGUGUAUAAAAAACAACAAAAAAAUGUAUAUAUACUAGUCAAAGAUUUUCAGCAUUUGAUAUGAAAAAUAUUGACAUCUAAACAACAUAAA